UCCCCGAUCGCUCGGCCGUCGGCUCCGGAACUGCACCGCGGCGAGAGGCGGAAGCGGAGUCGAUGGGGAACCCCUGGGCUGCCGGCGGCUCAGACUCCCGCUCCCUCCCAGCGCAGCGGCUGCUCCGUCCCACGUGAUUCUUCUCAUUGCCGGCUGGGGCGCCGGGGGCCGGGCAGAGCUCCGCAGCGCUGCUUAGUGCACGUGGCACGAGCCCCGCGAUGGCCGACGGCAGGGAUUCUGGAGCAGAGCUAAAUCUUCUCCGCUGUCUUUGAUUCUGGGAAGAGAGGGAAAGCGCAGAGCGUCUCGUCUCUUCAGCUCGUCCCUGGCCGGGGGUCCGGUCGGUAACCUCCAGAGCGAGGCUGAUGUGCCCCGAGAGCUUGACGUGAAGAACCGUCUUCUACCGCAGGGAGCUGAAGUUCACUCGUGUGCUCUUGAAAGAGACAAGCAUUUUUGCCCUCUGUGAGUUCCUUCGAGAGCGCGGUGAUUGUCUGGUGGUUGGGGCAUUUCACGCCCUGGCCGAGGUACCGCAGGGUUUCUGGUAGGCAGGUGUGGGACUCUUGGAUCCUGAAAGGCCCAGCUGCAGCAAGGCGGGAUCCCCUCGGUUAGUGAGCCAGGUUCUGAGUCAAUUAAGAGGAGGCCAACAUGGGUUCUCAGUUGGGCAAGACCCAUCAGCUGAGCGCUGGUAGCCUGCGGGAGGUGAGGAGGGAAAUGGAGUCCAGCGGCAUGAUGAGCGAAUCGCUUGACGAGAUCUUCCAGUGCGCGGAGGAGCAUUUCACCAAGGAGCCCGACUGCGUGAAGAACAAUGCCAAGAUGACACUCCACUGGAACGGGAAAUCGCUGGUGUUCGUGUCCGGCAGAGGAGUAUGCGAAAUUAACGUCUCGUAUAAACAGGGCUCUGAGAAACCCAGCUAUAAUGUCACCUCGCAUAGCUUGAAUAUCUUUCUAGGGAGGAUAUCGGCUGGCCUGAGGGUCCUGAGCCUUGCAAACCUGGAAGGAGCCCGGAGGAGCCUGGAUGUCUGGGAGGAGACACCCAAGAGUCUGAAAACCUGCUUUGACUGCGCCAUCCGGGGCUUCCGGAAGGAGCCCGCGUGCGUGCAGGAGAACGCGAAGCUGGUGAUCCAUUGCAGCAGGAGAAAUCUGCCGUUCAUCUCCGGGAAGGGCGAAUGUGAGAUCAGCGUGUCCUACAGUGACGGGAAACCAGUCUACACCGUCGACGAGCCCACAGGGGAGGUUUACCUGGCGCGGCUCGGCACCUGCCCCGCACCUCUGAACGUAUCGAGUGUAGUGAGGGCUCGCAACAAAUUGGAGUCUUUUGGGGUGAUGACGCAGGAGCUGAGGGGCUGCUUUGAAUAUGCUCUGGAAGCACUGGAGGAGGCACCUAAGCGUGUUCAGGAGAAUGCGCUGAUGUUGCUCGACACCACCAGAGGCAGGAUGAUGUUCAAGUCUGGGAAAGGGGAGAUUACAAUCACCGUCUUCUCCAUGAACGGGGAAUUCACUCAUGACGUCAAAAUGCCCAAAACCAACCGCCCGCCGAGAAAGUGAGGAGGAAAAGAAAAGAAAAUUGGAAUUUGCCAAGAGGCUUCAACCUUCAGAACAGGAUUCAACCUGAGAGUAUCUUAGCUGGAUCCCAUUGUUGCCAACUUUCUCCAUUUCAUUGCCAUAUUUCGUGUUAUGCUCAAAGCCCCCAGCUCUGGGAGUCAAGUGAUUUCCUGGGAAUCUCAGCUUUCAUUUUUUUAAAAAUGGGGGCUGCGUGGAAAAGCCAGAAAAGUGACACCAAAAAUUGCAAAACCAGGCAGUAAAUGAACAGGAUGAAACAUGUGUUGUUGUUGUUGUUGUUUAAAAUCUCACCAUUUUUAAGCCAAUCUCAUGCUUUGAGGGUCCUGAUUCCUGAUUUUUGAUCACUUGGGCUUGGCAAGACUGGGAAUAAAGGAGAAACCAACAGUUUUCCAAGGAUUCCUUCACAUCCUCCAACUCCAUGUGUUGAGAUGGUUGAAGUUCUUUUAUAGAGAAACUUUUUUUCUCUCCUUCAAAUAAUAUUUUUUUUCACAGAAUCCAAAAGAUUUUUCCCCAAACUUUUUUAUUGAGAAAUUUGUAGGAAAUUAAUUGUACAUGAACUUAAAAACACACACAAACACACUUCUUUCCGGUUUUCAUUUUCCAUUUGUUUUUGGUCACCAUAGUGUGAUGCAGUGCAGAAUGAAACUGACCUCUACAUCUAAAACAGGACAGGUCUAAAUUAGCUCCAUUAUUUGAGUUGCUCCAAUUUUUUUUUUUUUGAUCUCCUUUGCCUGAAAACCAAAAAUGAGUUUUGAGAUUGACACAUUUUCCGCUGUUAAAGUGAGUUACACAUUAUUCAACUAGGAAAAAGAGGUGUGUUAUUCACUCAUGUCGAACGAACCCAAGUUAAUUAACCUCUGUUACGAGCUUUCACUAGAGAAAAGUGUGUUUUUACACCCAGAUAGCAAUCCCAAUUUAAACUCCUAGUGAUGUCAAAGGAUGAUAGUUUUUACCUUGCCAUAAUGAGUUUAGAUCAACCAACAUCCCCGCCUAGUGGAUGGAGUAGUGAUGCAUAGACAGGUGGAGCUGGUUGGAUAGACAGAUGGAGCAGCAGCUGGAUGUUUUACUAAUUGAUUACUGAGCAUAUUCUUCAAGAUCUGCUUUUAGGGUGGAGCAUAACAUGAAACAUCCAAGCCGCUGGGUGCUUAUUAAUGACUCAUGUUAAGAAAACACAAUUAAGCCACGCUAGCCCUGUUAAAAUCUUAGAGAGAAUUGCUUGCAGCUUUGACUAUAUGCUGAAUAUCUGCUGAAUAUCGUCAAGCCCUGCUUGGUGUUUGCAGAGGGCUAAGAGGAAAUGAAAAAUGUGUGGUUGAUUUUGAAAACAUUAUCUUAUCUAGCUGCCUAUGCAACUGCACCACGGUUUAUAUGACUUUGAAACAAUGACAUGUGCUGAUGAUGGGAGAAUUUUAACAAUAAAUUUGUCCUACAAAUAUGAUAGCAGCCUCUUUUCCCAUCAGAUUGUUACUUUUUAAAAUUAUUCUGCAUUUUUAACA